AUGUCCUGGCAAGAAUACGUUGAUAAAAGCCUUGUUGGCACCGGAAACAUCGACAGGGCCGCCAUCUUCGACAAAGAUGGCACCAGCGCAUGGGCUUCGUCUCCCGGUUUCAAAGUGAACCCCGAGGAGAUGAAGUACAUAGUAGAUUCGUUCAAGUCCAGCGGUGAUGUAAAGGAGAUACAGGCCAAGGGCUUCCACGUCGGUGGGGAGAAAUACGUCACUAUCAAGGCUGAUGACACCAGAGUCUACGGCAAACUGGGGAAAACCGGCAUCGUCAUCGUCAAGACUAAGCAGGCCCUUCUCCUUGCACACUACCCAGAAACCAUCCAGCCAGGUGCUGCUACCAACACCGUAGAGGCCCUGGCAGAAUACCUCCUUGGUGUGGGCUACUAG